AUGGCGGACAAGAUCUCAAUCACCAUCUGCGGCGACGGUGGAUGCGAGGACUCCUACUCAGUCACCCGAACUGUCGACGGUCUCCCCUACUUCCUCUCCAUAACAGACACAGCCGGCCAAGAAGAAUACCGCGGACUAUGGACCGACUCAACAAUGAAAUCAGACGCAUUCCUGCUCGUCUACGAUAUUACGAACCCCUCAAGCCUGCAAACACUGGACUACUUCAUGGACUUCAUCAAGAUGGAAGCCGAGCAGCGCGUAGAGGAUAAUGAGCGUCUGCGAAAAGAAUUCGGUCCCAAUCCCACCGGUAUUCAGAUCGGCAUGCCUCCCCCGGUAAAAAUUGUUGCGGGCAACAAGUGUGAUUUGAAGGAUGGGCGCGCCGUCACGUCGCGCGAUGGGCUGGAAUAUGCCCGUCAGAAUGGUUGUGGGUUUAUGGAGACGAGUGCGCGUGAGAUGGUCAAUAUUGAGGAAACGUUUGCUUUACUCGUCCGUCGCGUCGUUCAAGCUCGCCGACAACAUAAUAUGCAGGGCGCACCCGUUCGGCCUCCUUCGCGCGCUGGUCAAUCCGUCCAUACCACGGCCCUUCCACCGAUGGGGGCCAAUGCCAGCGCCCGUGAAGCUCAAUCGCGACGAAGUCGAUUCUUCAAAUUCCGAGGCUGGAAGACCGCCGAGAAGAAGAAGAUGGCCGAUGAUGGUAUAGAGAAAGACGCCAAGCGCGGGGCAUCAGUCGAUCAAGAAGAGAAAGAGAAAGAGGAGGCCGAGCAUCGGGGAAGUUGGGUCCGCCGACUGUGCUGCUUGGGCUGCGGAUGCCGGUGGGGAUGUGGCUGCUGUUCGGCGUAG